AUGGCGGACGCCGACAUAGAAGCCAAUAUCGACCUUCUACUCAGUUUUGGAGCGGAUCAGCUAGACAGGAAUGAAGCCAGACAGCUUCUCGCGAAUCAUGGCCAAAGCGUCGAGGCCGCCAUGGACAAAUACUUUACCAGCAUGGAACAAGGAGGGAUUUCUUCUUUGAAGACCCAUCUGCGCAAUUCGCAAGCCAAGUGGGACGAAACUGCUUUUGCGGGGGCCGGGUAUGGUAUCGACGAUACAAAUGUUCCCAGUCAUGAGAAUUACCCGCAUAGCAACGUCAAUAGCAGAGCACCUACCCGCCCGCCCUCUCGAACGAGUGUCGCCUCUACACAAGCUCAAGCUGGUGACGCGCCCAUACAAAGCAUAGAAGGACAAGAAACGGGUAUCACUGGUUCCAAUACCAACUUUGGGCCGGCCACUAGAGACAAUUACGAUACGUCUCAGUGGGCCCUGGUACCAACCGCGACCGAAAUUAUCGCCGACCCAAUCCCUAGUCAGCGAAAGCGCGAAGAAGGACAACCCGCAAUCCUCAAACCGUCCUCCAACUUUAACUACCUUCCUAACCUCAUCCCCAUACUCCAUUCGAUACCGCUUUUCCGAAAUGCGCUUUUAUGUCCGGGCAUACUACAAAAGGAUUAUUGGCAGGGCGAAGAAUGGUGGAAGGGCAAUCCCAAGCCGGCUUCGCGCAUUUUCGAUGCCAACGUGGGACUUUCGGAGUCUUAUAAUCUAGAAAUCCUUCACGAAGCGCAGCGACUCAUGGCCUUCCUAGACAACACUGACCGGAUUUACGGAUCGGUCAAUGGAUUGCUUGAGUGCGAGGCCUGGAGAGAGUUGCCUUCGACUGUGGAGGACCCGGACGAUGAUUUGCUUAAGUUCCUUGUGUUAUGGGGCUUCGCAUUCCAGAGCCAUAUGCCUAAUGCCGAGUUGGACGGUACUCUUCGAUCUACAGUGAAUGUUGCGGGCACCACUGCAGAGAGCUUUGUGCUUGACACUGUCGUAACACGCGAUCCAUCCCGGCCUGACUUCAGCUUAUACGACGUCCUGGAUGACUCGCUCUUCUCUUCGGUUGUAGGCAGUGCGCAUAUUCGCGAGCCCAGCAACGUACUGAUACUUCGACUGUCCGCAUCGAACACGGAGGCAUCUGAUCUGGGAAUUCGCAUUCCGGCUACCCUCUAUAUUGACCGAUACCUCGAGAAGAACAAAAAUGUCAUAGAUGGCAUGUACAGUGAUAUCAAGCAGCACGAGGAACAACUGAAUGUUAUCAAGGCGCAGGUGCAGAAACUAAAGUUCUACACCCCGAAGAAAGCAGGCGCGAAAAAGGUGGACUCCUUACAGUUGCUGAAAACAAGCAUGACCGCAUUCGAGCCUACAAUGUCUGAUAGCUCUCCGGAGGAUGCAUCAAUAUUAGCUAAGCUACAAGAGCUAUACAGCAGCAUUGAAAGCAAGCUUGCAACCCUCGAGGAGCAGACCGAACAAGCGCAAAAGGCUAUCGCAGGCAUCUCCGGACGAUUCAAACCCCGCGUAGACGAUAGUAAUGACACAGCAGCGACCACUACAGACGACAAUGCCAUGGACACUACGACCGAAACCACCAAGAACGUUGCAAACGACACUUCCGAGCCCACGAACAUUGAAUAUCCAGAGGGUCAAUCUCCCGAAGACGCCAUGAACCGUCCCUACCAGCUCUGGGGCGUUGCCACGCGACGCGACGUAGUCUACAUACGUCACCCAGACAUCACCUCCAACACGCCCAACGCAACCCAAUGGUGGCGCAUGCAAUACGACAGCGAAUCUUCCAACCCCUUAAUCCGCCGCGACCGCCUCUCCAUGUCCGAAGUCAUUGAGCGGGCAACCACCGAAUCCGCAUCCGCCCUCCUCGUCUACGCGAACGCUGACGCUACAACCGCCGAUCCCUUGCCUUUACCCAAACCCCUCGAAGACUUCGCCAAGAAAGAUAACCUUAACUUCCUGCGUGAACUGCAAGAGAGCGCUACAGGUUGGGAGAGUUAUGGCGGUGAUUACGGGAAUGUAGCACAAGGAGGGUGGGACGACUCUAUGAAUACUACCUCUAAUCCUUCCUUUGACAAUGCAGAUGGGGACAAUGGGUGGAGUGAGAUCAGUGCCAAGGAGUUUUCUAGCAGUCGGCCGAGGAACGAUUCGAAUAUGAGUUCUGCGACGCUGACGCCGAACACGGAGAUUGAGGAUGAUGAUGCGACGGGGACGCAGGAAAUGGGCAGAGUGGAGGAUCGUGUUGGUGCUGGGGGUAUGAGUAGCGCUAGCAGUGAGACGGUUGGACGGGGGGACGACACUAUGGAUGUUGAUGGCGAUAAGUUACAGAGUCAGGUUAGGUUUUCGGAUGUAGAAAUGGAGGAUGCGCAGGAUGACGGGCCGAGGACGCAGCAUAUUGAGAUUUCGGAGAAGAAGGGUGGUUAG